AUGGCGGCAAAAUUCUUGGGUGAACCUUCCAAAGUGGUCACGGGGAGCCACGAUAGAACACUUAAAGUGUGGGACCUUAGAAGUAAAGCAUGCAUCGAAACGAAAUUCGCGGGUUCGAGUUGUAACGAUUUGGUGACUUCCGACAGUGCAGGUUCGACCAUCAUAAGCGGUCACUUCGAUAAGAAAAUACGAUUUUGGGACACGAGAUCCGAAUCGAGUGCCAACGAUAUUCUUCUCAACGGAAAAGUAACUUCGUUAGAUCUGUCGAGAGAUGCCAAUUAUUUAUUGAGUUGCGUACGAGACGACACGCUUAAAUUAUUAGAUUUGAGAAUGAAUCAAAUCGUCACAUCUUUCAGUGCCGAAGGUUUUAAAGUUGGUUGCGAUUGGGCCAGAGCGACAUUUUCCCCCGACGGUCAGCACAUAGCUGUCGGCUCAAAAGACGGUUCAAUAUUUGUGUGGAGGGGGAGUACGACAAAGGUUGACGUUGUCCUCAAGGGACACACGAAUGCUGUGACGGCCGUGUCCUGGUUACCUUUCGGUACGGCCAUAGCAAGCGUCGAUAGAGGUAAAAAAAUAAUCGUUUGGGGUGACGUGUGA